CACCCUUCUCAUCUUUGGAAGUUGCUGGAGAAACAACCCAGAGCAACCCAGAAGAGGAAACCACAGACAUUGCAGAUGAAGGGUCACAAUCUGUCACUGAGAAAGAAAAAGAAAACAGUCACUGUGAUGGUAACUCAGAGAUGCAACAGAUUCUUGCACGGGUUCGGCAGAACUUUGGCAAAAUCAACGUUGUGCCCCAGUUUUCUGGGGAUGACCUGGUUCCUGUGGAGAUGUCAGAUAUCGAAGAAGAGCUUGAGAGCUUUUCUGCUGGAGAGGAGGAGGAACAGGAGCAGCUGGGGGCCGACGAGGAAGAGUCUUCCCAGGAGUCCCAGAAAGAGCAUGUGGAAGACAGUACCAAGGCAGUUCUUCGAGCUCUGGAUGAAAAGAUUGCUAAAUACCAGAAAAUUUUAAACAAAGCCAAAGCUAAAAGGUUUUCAGCAGUCAGAAUAUCCAAGGGGCUGAGUGAAAAGGUUUUUGCAAAAUCUGAAGAACAGAGAAAACCCCCUGAAGAAGCUCUAGAUGACACAGAACCUACCAAAAAGGGAAGGAAGCGGAAGGCACAGAGGGACGAGGAAUAUUUGAAUAAAACUCCCAGGAUACUUACAUCUAAGGAGCGGAGGCGAGCAGCACGGCAGCAGCAAUCCAAAAAAGUUGGUGUUCGCUACUAUGAAACACACAAUGUGAAAAACAGGAACAGGAACAAAAAGAAGACCAAUGACUCAGAGGGACAGAAACACAAACACAAAAAACUCAAAUAUAAGCAGUAACAUUUGAAAAGUUGUUUAUGAAAUUAUACAAAGAUAUGUACUCUGUUAAA